AUGAAAUAAAAUGAUCUAAGAUUUGCUAUAGCAUCCCAAGGAGCCACUAUUUGCGUGCAAUUCCUCCACCCACUCGACAUCAUCAAGACAAGAAUGCAAAGUCAUGAUGGUCAGACUCAAAAAAAUUUAGUACCUAAAUAUGGCAGUAUAUCAAAUGCAAUUAAAUAAAUAUAUAAAGAAGAAGGUCUCAAAGGAUUUACCAAAGGAAUAUUUUGGUCAUUGUGUGCCAAUAGCAUAGCAAGAGUUCUAUUUUUCGUUUUUUAUGAAAGCAAAAAAGAAGAAUGUAAUUCCUAUUUUGGACAUGGUUCUAAAAAAGGAAUUUUGAUUGCCUCCAUAUAUGCCUCCCUUCUUGCGCAAAUAAUGACAUAGCCUUUGUGGGUUACUCUAACAAGACUGCAAUUAAAUGUUGGAAAAAUGAAUGGUUUCGAAAAUGUCAGAUUUACUGUUCAGCAAAUAUAUAAUCAACAUGGAGUCUUGGGUUUUUAUAGAGGUCUUAAAAUGGCCUUACUCACUUCAUGUCAUGGAAUGAUUCAAAUCAAUUGUUAUGAAUGGUGCCUGUCUCUUUUGACUCAAUUUGAACAACAUAAAGAUUUCAAUUCGUUUAUAGCUGGAGGAUUUUCCAAAGGAUUCGCUAUUUUUUGCACUUAUCCAAUGACCACAAUUAAAACUAGAAUUAUAUAAAAUUAAUAUAUAGGAACAGAUAAUCCAAAAUAUAAAAAUAACUUUGAUAUAGCCAAUAAAAUCUUAGAACAUGAAGGCUUGAGAGGAUUUUAUAAAGGGAUCUCAGCUUCAGUGCUUAAGGGAAUGCCUUCGAAAGCUAUUUAUUUUUUUUUUUAUGAACAUUUUAAGGAUAUGCUCAAUGUAGGAAGAACAAAAAACAUUAAUUGAAUAUGAGUGCUUAUAUUUAACAAAGGAUUUAAAUUACUAUAAAUUAGAUUUUA